AUGUAUACGACGAACACAUAUGCUAAACCUUACUUAAAUCGACGAACGAAUACUGAAGCUGAAAUGUACAAUCUUGUUUUAUUUCCAUCAGACAAUUCAAUUGCAGUUGUUAAAGUAAAACAAUGUUCUCCUGCUGAACACGAUGGCUUUAUUUUUGUACAAAGUGGUAAAAAGAAAUUUAUGGGAGUUAUCCUUGAAGAAGGACAAAAUUCUAAUAAUCAACAACCUAUCACAUCCACAAUUACAAUAUCUACUGAGAGAACAAAUUGUGCUAAUUCCAGUCAAUCAUUAAAUACUAAUCCAUCUAUGAUCAAUAAUGAUAAUGUUCUAAUUGGCUUGCAACCAACAACAUCAUCAGUUGAAACCUGUCUCUCGAGAUCUCAAAUCGCACAUAAGUCGAACGAAAAUGAUCACAAGAAUAUGUCCAAUUUGAAGCAUAAACGGCAUAAAAAAUCUCAUAAUGUAACAUCAUCAGCGGUAUUAUUUGAUCAAUUUAACAAUAUGAACAAUGAGUCCAGUGACAGCGAGGAUGAAUUAAUAAAUAAUAGUGAACAUCGUAUUGAUACAAAUGAAUUAUCAAGCAAUGGAGCACCUAAAUUUGUCGGUUGUCAUAUCACAGGAGAGAAUAAUAGAUCUAAAAGUGCAUCAGGUCAAUUAUCGUCUUCAACUACUCAGCAACUAUCGACUUUUAUGAAUAAACUUGAGUCUCAAUAUCUACGACCUCUUCUUGUUGGACAAGAACGGAUCGAAGAAAGGAUAAAGUGUUUGUUUGCUAAUCAAAAGAAAAUUCAAAAUGUCUUACGAAAACAAAAGGUCAACAUUUCAUUACUUGAACUGGAUGAAAAAGAUGAGCCAACUGACAAUCAAAUUUUUUUAACUUCUAUGGAAUACAAAAAUUCUGAUGGUACUAUUAUUGAUUUGCUUCAAAGAGCUGGUGUUAAAGAGCAUGCCAAUCGUUAUGUUACGUCUCUCAUGGACAUAAUUUUUAGACCCGAACAAUUAUUGGCUAUCGAAACAAAAGAUAUAUCUCAACAUGAACUAUAUCUUCUGCUGAAAGAAGCAGCCAAAAACAAAUUUCGACUGUCGAAGGAAGAACUGGAAACUAUGUGGAUUUGGCUGCAUAAUGUUAUAUUGGCCAAGCGUCGAACAAUUAAUUCGAAGAGAAAAAGAAAUGAAUCAAUGAAUCAAGCAGUCGAUAGUUAA